GUCGAGAUGCGGCCCCCGCCCGCCUUCUCUUAUUUCGGGGUGGGGGCGUCAUUGCUCUCUCUGACGGGGGGGAGGGGUGCCCGUGGACGCCCCCCCUCAGCUGGGGCAGCUUCCCCCACCGCCAUGACGCCCCUUGGCUCUCCAUGGGUCCGUCCGUCCAUGAGCCAACCAGGUUGCCCCGCCCCCAUCCCUUCUCCUCUCUCUUCCCUCCUGCCUGCCUGCCUCCCUCACAGGGCUGUUGUUGCUGCGGGGCAGAGCUGGCCUGGUCUGGAGCAUCUCAGUAAUUAAUAAUAAUAAUAAUAAUUUAUAACCCGCCCAUCUGGCUGGGUUUCCCCAGCCACUCAGGGCGGCUGCUUCUAGCAAAAUGUUAAAAUACAAUAAUUCAUCAAAUAUUAAAAGCUUCCCUAAACAGUAAACUUCCUCAAAGGGAGGAGAAAAGGAGAAAGCGCGACGUCCACUGCCCCCUCUCUUUCCCCAGAGGAAGCUCCUCGGGGCAGGGACCUCUCUAGACCACACUUCUUCCCAGUUUGGGGGAAAGGCAGGGCCCGAUUGAGGUUUGAUGAGGCCCAAAGCUACUGAAGGCACCUUGCGUGUUGCUACUUUGGAUCUCAGCUGCAGACCCUCGGAGGAAGAAUGUUUCAUGGAAUCCCAGCAGCCCCUGGGAUGGGAGCCCCAGCGAAUAAGCCGGAACUAUAUGAGGAAGUGAAGUUAUACAAGAAUGCCCGGGAGCGAGAGAAAUACGACAACAUGGCUGAGCUGUUUGCUGUGGUGAAGACGAUGCAGGCUCUGGAAAAAGCCUACAUCAAGGACUGUGUCACCCCCAGCGAGUAUACUGCAGCUUGCUCCCGCCUCCUAGUCCAGUACAAGGCAGCCUUCAAGCAGGUCCAGGGCCCGGAAAUCAACUCAAUCGAUGACUUUUGCCGUAAAUUUCGGCUCGAUUGCCCGCUGGCCAUGGAGAGGAUCAAGGAAGAUCGGCCCAUUACCAUCAAGGACGACAAGGGCAACCUCAACCGCUGCAUUGCGGACAUCGUUUCGCUCUUUAUCACAGUGAUGGACAAGCUGCGCUUGGAGAUCCGGGCAAUGGAUGAGAUCCAGCCUGACCUCCGGGAAUUGAUGGAGACCAUGAAUCGCAUGAGCCACUUGCCCCCGGACUUCGAGGGCCGGCAGAAGGUGAACCAGUGGCUGCAAACCCUGAGCGGCAUGUCGGCUUCCGACGAGCUGGACGACUCUCAAGUGCGGCAGAUGCUCUUCGACUUGGAGUCCGCCUACAAUGCCUUCAACCGCUUCCUGCACUCGUGAGGAGGGGGGAGGACGGCGGGCUUUGGGCCUCGUCGACAGCGGCCACAUCAGGAGGUCAUAGAGCCAUUGUGCCGAGGAUGAGAAUGUACAUUCCUCCCAUUGUCCCUCUGAAUGCAAGGACUCAAGUUUCCCCUCCUUGGGGGGUGGGGGGGAGAGAAAGAAACUCCCUCUUGUUAAUGUUUAAGUUCCACGGCUCUCCUGUUUUCUCAUUCAUUGCAUUGUAUAGUAUGUGUGUCCACAUCUCUAAGGGUGGGGUGGGGAGGGAAUCGGAUAAUGCACCAUGGAAGGCGGCAAACAACUGACAGAUAACUCUCUCUGCCACCUGAAGGGAU